GUUGGAUAAGUCAUCUACGCCAUUUCCUGUCACCGCAUUAGCUUUUCUGUAGCUGCUUGUUUGCUAGGCUAACCGACUGCUUUGUGCAAUAAUUCUUCAGUAUGGUAGAUUUAUUCACUUUUAGAAGUCAGGUCAUGGUCGUAGUUAAUAACCUGGCCAAGACGGUGGUGACGGAGCUUUUUACUGCGUCGGAAAACGUUUCUUUAAAUAAACUAAAUCUGGAAACUGAGGAGAAACUAGGCGCUCUCCUGGACAGUCUGUGUGUUGAAGCUGUGGAGAAGAUUGUGGAGCUGGCUGCUGUGAAGCGGGAGAAGCCUGGUGCUCGUCAGUCUGAGGAGAGCAGUGAUGGUGUGACACAGACUGCAGCAGGAGAAGGCGGUGGAGGUCAGUGCCCCCCCACCGAGCAGACCUACAUCCUAGUUUAUGGGAGCACCGCUGUUGACUCCAAGUGUCUGCUGGUCUCACUGCAGAGUGAUGCUAAUGGUGAAAAUAAAACCUCUGAUGCAGCUGGUACAGUAACCACUCUGCACAGCCAGCCUUCCUCCUCUCCUCCCCAUCAGGCUGAAUUCCCUGACCAUGAGUAUGCUCAGCUGUCCACGCCGCCAUCUGGUGCCGCCACCGACAGGGAGGGUGGAGUCCCUGUAGCUCGCUGUAGAAAACAGCGGCACAGCAGGAGGGAAAAAGACACCGAAACAGGAAGUGCAGAGACGAGACAAACUCACCAUGAGUGCUCACAGUGCGGGAUGCUGUUUCCAAACUCUGAGCGGCUCUCCGACCACCAGAAGAAGUCUCACCCGGUGUGCUCGCUGUGUGGGAUGCUGUUCACCGGCAUUCUGAAACUCCGUGACCAUGAGAUCAAAGAGCAUGGGCUGCUGCCAUACACCUGCGACUACUGCCCGAAGAGAUUCAACCACAAGGCUCAUUGCAACCUGCACGUUAAAGCCCGGCACACCGGAGAGAAAACCUGCCACUGCGACAUCUGUGGGAAGGGCUACUCCUGCAUCAGCGUGCUGAAAACACACAGGAUGACCCACUUUGAGAAGACAUUCAUCUGUGACAUCUGCGGGAAGAGUUUCUACCACGCUUGCCACCUGACACGGCACAAACUGGUGCACCAGGAGGUCCGGCCGUACCAGUGCUCCACCUGCGGCAAGGGCUUCACCCAGGCCGCCAACCUGCGCAGCCACCAGGUGAUUCACACUGGAGAGAGGCAGCUGUGCUCCAUCUGUGGCAGGAGCUACCGCUGCCUGAAGAACCAUGUCAUCAGCAAACAUUCACACGAGCUGCCUGCUGACGAGCUGCCGGCCAGAGACACCAUCAUCACCUGUGAGGUCUGCGGCAAGAAGUUCCCCAACCCAUCACAGUUUAAAGUUCACCGGAGGAGUCACACCGGAGAGAAACCGUUCCUCUGCGAUAUCUGUGGGAAGAGUUACCGCCUGAAGGAGCUGCUGAGGGACCACAGGUACACCCACACUGGAGAGAAGCCAUACAGGUGUUCUCUCUGCUCCAAGACCUUCAACCUGGCCACCAGCUUCAUGAGGCACCGCAGCAUCCACACCGGAGAGACACCGUACACCUGCCACGACUGCGGUAGACACUUCCGCCUGCUCACCUUCCUGAAGGCUCACAUGCAGACCAAAGCUCACCUGAGGCAGGCACAGCGGAGCCAGGCUGCCUCCUUGGACCUGGCAUAGAGACCAGACAUCAUGUUGUCUGUCUGAGCUCAGCAUUAGAAUCACACUAAGUGACCAAAAGUAUGCAGACAGCCAGUACCCUGCUGCUCUAGCAGCCUCUGCUCCUCUGGUUUUAGGGGUCCCCAGAAGCUGAGCCAGCUGCAGGGAUUAGCUCCCAUUCAGACCCCAGAUUAUCAGUGAGGUCCACCACUGAUGUUGGUGUUGAGUCUGGCUCGUGCUGGAUGGGGAUGAGGUCAGCUCUUUGUUCAGUCCAGUUCUGGGAUUAGGAGCUAGCUUUGUGCACGUUGUACUUUGACACAGGAAAGCAACAAACACAAAUGUCUGACACAGAUUUGCCUCCAACCAGUGUGACCAGGUUCCCAACUGUGAGCAGCAGCAAGAAUAAACGGUGAAACAAUCGAUGAAGAAAGUGAAGGAUGAACUGAAACAGGAUCCGGCGAAAGUGAAACAGCUCCAUGUGAAGCUCAGACGUAAAUGACUGAAAGAUCACAGCUCUGAAAGAAUGUCCACUAGAUAAACAGUUGCUUUACUUUUCAGUUUUUAUUUGAAUAUUUUAUUUGAAAUAACACAACGAUUUUACUGAUAGACGUCUAGCUUCUGAUACAGGGCUGGGGCUUUAACAUGAUGCUGCUCCAGUCAACACAAGUUUACACUUUGAAUCACGGCUAAUGACAAACGGUCUCAGUACCAGACAUGACGGGCAAGUCAGCGGAUUGCUCCUUUAAUAGAGAAACAGGACCUGUGUGUGAUUAAAUGAUGUGUCUGGAGCAGGUGACGAGCUCUGCCUCAGAUUAACAGUCAGCAUCAGAGGAUCAGUAAACAUGAUUCAGUCUAUUGUGCAGACACACAGGUGGGAUUAACGGUUGUAUACAUCCUUCGAUCAGACCUGUGGUCUGCAGUGAAGCAGUGUGAGUGUCAUCGCUGGAGAAAAACAGAGAUGGAUUACAGUUAUCAUCUGGGAGCUGUCUGUGACCAGCUGCUGCAGCUGUGACUGAUUAGAAGUAUUGAUGCAUCACUAAUGUUGCAGCUCAGUUUAACUACUGUAUGUAUGUUUUACUGCUAUGUGACUGAAUAAAUAAUAGUUUAUUUACCAA